AUGCAUGACGAACGUCGCCUCAGUCAGAGGAACGGUAGCUUCAGUCAGAAACCUGGGUGUCCGCUGAGGAAAGCGGAGCAAGCGAAGAAGAAACGAGAGGAAGAGAGAAGAGGAAAGAUAGAGGCGAAGAGAGGGCGAAGUGAAAGAGAGAAAGGAAAAAAGAAAGAAGGAAAGAAAGAGGAAAAAAGAGUUAGAGGACAAGAAAGGAAAGGGAGUUUAGGUCGAGAAGCGGCAUCACGGAACGGCGCGACGCGACGCGGAGGGUCGAGGGAAGAAAAGAGGCCGAGGCGGGAGAUCGGAGAUCCGAAAGCUCGGGAGGAAAUACGCUGGCACGGCAGACGCGCGGCGGCGAGAUAUCAAGAAGACGGUCGGUACAGGACGUGUGCGCUUUAUCACGAAGGGAAAACCAAGGUCGCGGCUACUAUCAUGGACUACCGAAAGUGAAGCGUAUCGAUUAGAAGAGCGAGCAUAACGCAAUCAAAUGUCAAACGUAAUACACCGUGCGCUCGAGUCGGCGAUUUAUCCUCGAUAGAAACAGAGAGAUCGAAAAGGAGAAAAAGAGAGAAAAAAAGAGAAAGACCCGGUACUUCUCAGAUCUCUUGCGACCAGAAUCCGUGGUCCCAAUUGGAGCAUGCUAGGCAGAUUGCAGUUGAUACAGUUGCACGCGUAGCACCGUUACGUUUUCUAUGCAAUAAUCGUCGUUGUGUCGUAACAUAUCGCCGCUCGUGAUUUUUUAUCAAGUUUAUCCUUCCCUUCCUCACCCUCUCGAUAUCAAUCGACCGCCCCGUAUCUCCCGCCCACCCUGCACACACACACACACACACACACACACGCACACACACACAUACACGCACACACACUUAUACGUAUAUAUACACAUACACACGUACACACAUAUACCUGUAAUAUACAGACAUUCCAUCCUCAACUUCCUAGUGUACCUACCGCGAGUUCAAACGAAAAGUCGGCCUAACCCAGAGUUGCUACAGACGUGCCUUUAGACUGGCAGUGAGUAGUAAGCAGCUAAAGAGAGCAAACAAGAAAAAAUAAAAGAGAAAAGAGCAUCAUUGCUGUUCAUUUAGGUCAAUUAUAACACCACGCCCAGCCGUAUAAUCGGGUGCGUCAAAAGUGGUGGUAGAGAAGGAAGAAGAAGAAAGAGAAAUAUAUACGUAGAUAUAUAUAGACAGAUAGAAAAAGUUAGAAGGGUAGAAGAGAAAGAGAGAGAGAGAGAGAGAGAGAGGAGAAUAAAGAAAUAGAGAA